AUGGCCCUGCCAGCGCUCUCAAUCUGUGUGUGUGUGUGUGUGUGUGUGUGUGUGUGUGUGUUUUACAUGGUUGGGGUGCUUUGGCCUGCGGCUGUCUAUUCGAUCCCUCUUUCCCACGGUCUCGUAUUACAUUCCCCCACUGCCGGGUCCGAGGUGGACGACUCCAUGUCUGGCACCACCGCCAUUACCGUACUAAUACGGGGUCGUACAGCCUACGUGGCCAAUGUGGGCGACUCCAGGGCCGUCCUGGCAGAGCGACACGGGGAUAAGGUGGUGGCGCAGGACCUGUCGUACGACCAAACACCCUUCAGCAUUGUUCCCUGUUUGUCUCUUCUCCUGGAGGGCUAUCCAUCUAUCCCUAGAGUAUAUCUGCUUCAUUCGCCGGAUCCCAAUGUUGAGUCCUGGGGCACGGAGGAGGAGGACGACGGAGACCCCCCCCGGCUGUGGGCCCCCAACGCCACGUACCCGGGUACGGCCUUCACCAGGAGCAUUGGGGACAGCGCUGCGGAACGUAUUGGUGUGUUUGCCGAGCCGGAGGUGGUCACCAAGCAGCUGUCCGCUCAGCACCCCUUCAUCGUCAUCGCCUCGGACGGCGUGUUCGAGUUCCUGUCUAGCCAGUCUGUGGUGGAUAUGGACAUCAUCGACGCGGAGUCUGCUUGGAAGGAGGCCGUGUCCAUGCAGCGGGAGGUGCUCUCCCGCAAGACCAUGGCCUCCGGUCUGCUGGUGGCGCAGUCCCAGUUCUCCCUGGAGGAGCUCUCCGCGCGGGGGCUGCUGGGGUCCACGGACUGCUCGGCGCUGAUGCUGAUGGAGCACAAGGCCAGUGAGGAGGUCUACACGAGUGUAAGAGAUGCGUGCGGCGAAGGUGGCUGCGGGGCUUGCACAGUCGCAAUUGAGGAGGAGCGCGAUGGCCAUCCCCACUUGCGCACCCUCAACUCCUGCCUUGCACCCGUCUACUCGGUGCUGGGCCGCUCCGUGAUCACCGCGGAGGGCCUUCCAGCAGCAGAGCCGUACGGCACGUCGCUGGUAGCAGGGCGUCUGUCCGAGUUCCAUGCGUCCCAGUGCGGGUACUGCACUCCUGGGUUCACGGUCGCAUGUCACGCAGCACUGCACAACGCAGCUGCUGCUGCCGCUGAUGGUGGUGCCGAUGCCACCGCCACGCCAGCUACUCCGGAUGACGGCUCGCUGCUGCGGGCGCUGGAUGGCAACCUGUGCCGGUGCACGGGCUACCGACCCAUUGUGGCGGCAUGCAGGAGCCUGGCAGCGGAGGUGACGGACAUCGAGGACCUGUGCCGCCGCCGUACGACAGGCGCUACUGCGGCUGGAUCCAUCUCACCAGUCGCUGCUACCGCCUGCGGCAGCGGCACUGCCGACGUAACCAGCAGUGGCAGUAGCGGCAGUAGUGGCAGUUGCGGGGACUCCUCCUGUACGGCGAUCUCCCUGGGAUCUCGCCAGGUGCUCAAGGUACCCCGCUCCCUGGAGCAGCUGGUUUCGGAGGCAGGCCGCCUGGCAGCAGCCGCAGCAGGAGGGUCAACCCCCUCCUGGCGGCUGGUGGCGGGCCACACGGGGCACGGGGUGUUCAAGGACUGGCCGCUGGAGGAGGAGGUGCUGGUGGCGGUGGCGGAGGUUCCGGAGCUGCAGCGCUUGGAGGUCGUGGCGGCGAACGAUGGCCUUGCGAACUGUGAAGAAGCAACGUCGGCGAGGGAGGUGUCGUACCAUCUUCACAUCGGCGCCUGUACCACACUGGAGCGGCUGGCUGCCCACCUGGCGCAUAGGGCCCAGGGGGUUGCAGCGGAGGAAGAGGUAGCAGUAGCGGCGGUGGCACCUGGGGGAACCGGGGCCGACAACAACAGCGAUGUGGUGGGUACGGCAUUCGGUGUACGGCAGUGGGCGGCGGAGACGUCGGCCCAUUUGUACCGUAUCGCCGGCCGGCACGUGCGGAACUCCGCCACGGUUGGAGGCAACUUGGUGCUCGCCCGCGAGCGCUCCCUGCCGAGUGACGUCGCAACUCUGUUGGCUGCGGCCGGGUCGGAAGUGGAGCUGGUGGUGGUGUCAUCUGACCCAGAGACCCACGGGUCCGUCCGCCGCGCUGACCUGCUGGAGUUCGUCACCGGUGCUGCGCCCUCCCUACCGCCUGGCGCCUCGUACAUCCUGACGGCGGUGCGUGUGCCGCUGCCGCCAGCCGACCCACGGGUCAGAUUCUGGAGCCAUCGUAUUGCCGAGCGUUACAGCAACGCCGCUGCGGUGGCCAACGCCGCAGUCCUCGUCCGCCUGUCCGCCGCUGAAGAGGCAGGAGGUCCGCGGCCCGUGGUGGAGGAGGUGAGGAUCGUGGUGGGUGUCCGUACUCCUGGCGGCGGCGCUUCAGCUCCCGGUGCUCCACAUGAUUCGGUUUCGGAGCAUAACGCCGCUAAGCUGAAGGACGCGACAGUGGUGCUGCUGGACGGCUGGCAGUGCCUGCGCGCGAAGGCGGCGGAGGCGGCGCUCCGGAACCAGGCCGCCACCGCAGCCACCGUAGUGGCUGCACUGGAGGCCCUGGCGGCGAUGGACCUGGCGGAGGUGACGGCUGCUGCUAGUGCUACUGCGGCGGCAGGGGGGGAUGAAGAGAAGGCAGUAGCCGCAGUGGCCAUCGCGCAGGGACUGGUUGCACAGGGGCUUAUGGCGUGUCUGGGCCUAUCGCCAACGCCGCCGGCUGCGGAGAGUCAAGCGGCGCCGGGAGUGGACGUGAUCAAGGCCGCCACCGGUGUGGAAAACGGCGACGGCGAUGGAGGUGCUGACUGUGUCCACGGCGCCGCCAAGGUUGCCGUACACGGAGGUGUCAACGGCGACGCAGAUGGCGCUGCUGAAGCAGCCGUCAUCAUUAGCGCCAACGGACACGGCAUAACGGCACAUUCGCGACCGGAUCAGCAGCCGCCGCAGCAGCAGCCCCAGUGCUCGUCCAAGUCGUCACCGCCACCGCGCCGCAUGCCAUCCCCACCCUUGGUGGAGGGUCGCCAGUUCCUGACUGAUGCGGUUCCGGAGCUGCUUCCAGUGACUCAGGCCGUACCCAAACUGGGGUCCAAGUUGCAGGCGUCCGGCACGGCGCUGUACACCGAGGACGUGCCCGUACACCGGGAUGCGCUGUACGGCGCGUUCGUACUAUCGGCCCGCGCUUGUGGACGGCUGGCGGGUAUCGACGCUUCUCCCGCUGUGUCCCUUCCGGGGGUGGUUCGCUUCCUGGGUGCCUCCGACCUGGCCGGGGUGGGUCCAGGGGGGGCGCUCAACGCUUGCGAGAAGCCUCCCGUGGGGGGCGGAGCUGCGGAGAAGACGUUCUUGGAGGUGGGCGAAAAGUGCGAGUUCGCUGGCCAGCUGUACAUUUUUGCAGUUGAACGUACGUUGAGUCACCUGCAUCCUUGCGGUCCUUAUCGCGGCCUUUCUCCCGGUGAUCUGGACAGCCACGUGGCUGCGCAACGCGGCGCCAAGGCCGUACACUUAAUGUACGACACAUCGACUGAUGGCGACGCACCGCUGCUUUCGAUUGCGGAUGCCGUACGUGCGCGAUCUUUUUACCAGCUUCCAGAUGUGCUUCCCUCCUUACUAAGCGGCAAUACAUACGGCGACAAGAACAGCGUUUUGUCAAAAGGCGGGUCCGACGUCGGCGAAGUUCUGUCGACGGCAGCUGCGCCGGCGGCGGCGGCGCUAACUGCAGCAGCGCUUGGCGGCGGCGAGCGUGACGGAUCAGACGCCAUCGCAGGUGUGCCGGGCUCGGCGUCUCCACCGCCGCGGCCUACCACUAUGAGUGUUGUUUCUGGCCGCUACGUCACCCCUUCCCAGCUUCACUUUUACAUGGAGACUCAGAGCGCGGUGGCCUGGCCCGACGAGGACGGCUGUGUGGUGGUGCACAGCUCGUGCCAGGGACCGGAUUUCGUACAGGGUGGAGUGUCCGCUGCACUUCAGCUGCCCCUGAACAAGGUGCUGGUGCGGUGCAGGAGGGUGGGGGGAGGAUUCGGAGGGAAGCUCACCUUCGCACGUCGAGUCGCCGUCGUGGCGGCGGUCGCGGCCGUCGCCACCGGUCGCCAAGUCCGGAUCUCAGUGCCUCGCAAUACUGACGCAGUAAUGUGGGGCGGCCGCUGCGAGACAGAUGUGUCGUACGUUGCCGUACUAGAUGAUUGCCCGGCGGAAGACGGCGAUCCCGACGCCAGCAGCGGCAACGUCAACGGCCAGCAGAAUCAGACGUCUUCACCUCAGCAGCGGCGAGCGCCACCUCGCUUUCGUGCCCUGGACAUCCACGCGGUGAUGAUGGGAGGCGCCCAGAGGGACAUCAGCUUCAUAGAUGCCAUGGGUAUGAUCGCGGCAGUGGAUAGCGUGUACGACAUACCCGCUUUCAGGCUGGAGGUUGCAUUGGCGCGCUGUAACCUGCCACCCCGUACGGCAGUACGGGGCCCCGGUGACAUCAAUGCCACCAUGGUCAUUGAGCAGAUCAUGGAGCACGUGGCGGCCGAGCUGAAGGUGGAUCCAGAGGCCUUACGUGAGGCCAACUUCCUCAAGGCGCCGCCGCCGCCACCGCCGCCAUCACCAGAGCCGGACUGUGCGAAUGACGUGGCCACUGCCCCCUGUCAAGGAGUGGCGGCAGCGGCGCCGAUGGAGCCCGUCGUCACGACCGCGUUAGGCAAGACCAUCCCGCUGCGGCAGUACACCCUGCCGUACAUGUGGUCGCGGCUGCAGCGGGUGGCAGACUGGGAACGAAUCAAGGCGGCUGUUGAGUCGUUCAAUGCGACCAGCCCCUGGCGCAAACGGGGCGUGGCCAUGAUACCCACAAGGCGAGUCGGGGGAGCGGCCCAGGGGUACACUAUGUAUCGCGGCAAAAAGCCGGCCUACGUGAGCCUGCUCCAGGACGGUACGGUGCAGGUGGCUUGUCACGGCGUGGAGAUGGGCCAGGGGCUGUGGACCAAGGUGGCGCAGGUGGCGGCUCUGACUCUGUCCGAGGUGCUGCCCCACUCUCGUCGGCCGCUGGACAUCAGCUUCAUCAGGAUCUGCGACAAUAGCACCGAGCUGCUGCCACACAGCGGGGUGACCGGCGCGUCCACCACAAGCGAGAUUGCAUGUGCGGCUGUACGGCUGGCGUGUCUGCAGCUGCUCAAGAACCUUCGGGAGUUUGCCCUCCCCAAGAUGGCUGGAAGGGAGGACUUCGGGCUGCGGGACUUGGUGGCGGCGGUCUCAACUCCAAUGGGUGUCAUGGUACGGCAGGAAGUGUACGGCAUUGGGCGAGAGCGGGGUUUUACCCGGGAGGCUCUGGGGUCCAUGGCGUAUUGUUACGGCAGGUGGAGGGCCCCCCUGUCUGCCUUCGCCUGGGGCGGUCAGUCGGACCUUCCGGAGAGCUCCAGGGGGGUUGCGGUCGGUCCCGUGGCCCCGCAGUACCACGUGAUGGGGGUGGCUCUGGGGGUGGUGGAGGUGGAUAUCCUUACGGGUGAUCGUCGAGUGCUCCGCUCCGAUAUCAUGUUCGAUCUGGGUCGCCCGGUGAACCCCGCCGUGGACCUGGGCCAGGUGGAGGGAGCGUUCGUACAGGGCUUGGGCAUGAUGCUGCAGGAAGAGGUCACGUACGACAGUACGACUGGUGCGCUCGUACAGAACAGCACCUGGAACUACAAGCCGCCGUCGGUGUCCUGUGUCCCGCAGCAGCUCAAUGUGCACAUGCUGAAUGACGCACCGCUGGCGUCGGAGGGUCCAGUAAGCUCCAAGGCGUGUGGAGAGCCGCCCUUGCUACUGUCGGCGGUGGUCCUGGCAGCAUUACAGAGAGCCACUGCGGCCGCUCGGACGGCAACGAGCACCUCUGUAGGCAGCACCAGCAACGACGGCGACGGGAGUGGCGCUGGCCAAGUGAUGAAGGGCAGUGGUGGUGGCAGCGCGCGAAGUGGCGAGUUUAGUGCCAAGGUCAAGGUCGCCCUUUUUGCAAAAGGUCUGUGCUUUACACCCCUGGCUGUGCCGUGUGGCAGCACGCGGAGCCAGGAGUUCCUGGCAGUUAACCCGCUUGGCAAGAUUCCUGUCCUCUGCGUCAACUUCGAGGACGGGCGUCGGGAGGUGGUCCUGGAGAGCGAGGUGAUCCUGGAGUACCUGGAGGAUCAGUUCCCCAAUCCGCCACUGCUGCCAGCCGAUCCCCUGGAGCGAAGCAAGGCCCGCCUCAUCUCCCGCUUCCACGACUUGUAUCUGGAGCCCGCACUGAGGCGGCUGUAUCCCCAGGUGGCGCCCUCGGCGCGAUCAGAGCAAGUGGUGCAGGAGGCAGCCGCUGCUUUCCUAGAGCGCCUAGCGGAGUUGGAGACCCUGCUGCCACCGCCCUCCUCCCCUCUUGAGUCCGCCGCCACCGCUACCGCCGCGUCCUCCACCAGCCGCUCCUCCUCCUCCUCCACACUGGCUCUGGGUGGCGCCCAGCUGUCGCUAGCUGACUGCGCCUACCCCGCACUGCUGCUGUACGCGGAGCUCAUCCUGCCGGCGCUGGGGCUGCCACCGCUGCGGAUAAUGCCCAGUAAGGGAUCAUCCACCCCCGCGGCUGCAUCCGCGCCGCCAGCGGCAGGCCCCGGGGGCCACCGGAACUACCGCCGUUGCAUACAAUCGACUCCGGAGGAAGCACCGGCGGUGGUUUUGUCGGCGGAGGCGGCUGCGUUGCAACAACAGGCAGAGGUUGCGCUGGCGGCACGGAUAAGAAGGCCGGUUUGGCUUUGGGACCCUGGAAGCUGA